UCAUCAGCUUUCUCCAUAUUAGUUCGACCCACAGAGGUCAAAACUUGGCUCCGCGCCACUACUUCGCUCUACAACUUUUCCCGUCAAUCGAAAUCAAAUCCAAUCGCAAUGGGAGAGGUAAAAAACGGCACCGUAUCGGGCGUCUUACCGAGCAUCGAGGCUUUCGUUGUCCACUAUCCGGGCUACCCUUCCUCCACCACUCGCGCCGUCGAGACGCUUGGAGGCAUCGAAGGAAUCAUCAAGGCUCAUAGUUCGCAUUCGAACAAGUUGGAACUUCGAUUCCGGCCGGACGACCCAUACUCGCACCCGGCUUUCGGGGAGCUACGUCCUUGCAACGAUUUGCUACUAAAGAUAUCGAAGAAAAUGUCCAAUGGUGAUGAUGGCCACAUUUGCGCAGAUAUUGUCGCACGCGUCCCGGAGGGUUAUCACUUUGAAGGAAUGGCAGACUACCAGCACGUUGUGGCUGUUCAUGCCGAUGCUGCUAAGCAAAAGAAAAAAAGAAAGAGACAAUGGGGCGAAAUUGAGGACCCACUUUUCGAGAAGGGAGGACUGAUGGACGUGGAUCAGGAGGAUGUGAUGAUUUUGUUGCCCCCGCUUUUUUCACCCAAGGAUGUUCCGGAGAAUUUAGUGUUAAGACCGCCGCCCGCAUUGAAUUCAAAAACGAAACAAGAUGAAGUUGCACAACAGGACUUGAAGGUGGAUGUGGAGCCAGUUCUUGCAAUUGAUUUUAACAUUAAAGAUAUCCUACUUAUUCCUAAGAGAGUAAAUUGGGAGGAAUAUGUACCCCAAGGCUCAGAUCAAUGGGAGUGGCAGAUGGUUGUAUCAAAGCUGUUUGAUGAGCGACCUAUAUGGCCCAAGGAAUCACUGACUGAACGUUUGCUUGAUAAGGGCUUAACUUUUACUGUUGAGAUGCUUAGAAGGCUUCUGUCAAGGAUUGCAUACUACUUUUCAAGUGGGCCAUUUCUCAGAUUCUGGAUCAGAAAAGGAUAUGAUCCUCGCAAGGAUCCUGAUUCUUGCAUCAGAUAUCAGAGAAUUGAUUUCCGAGUACCACAACCGUUACGGAGUUAUUGUGAUGCUAAUGCAGCCAAAGGGUUGAAGCAUAGAUGGGAGGACAUUUGUGAAUUUCGAGUUUUCCCUUACAAGUUCCAGACUUCAUUACAGUUUUUUGAACUUGCUGAUGAUUACAUUCAGCAAGAGAUAAAGAAACCUGUAACACAGGCGACUUGCACGUUUGGAGCUGGAUGGUUCUCAGACCACAUGCUUAAUUGCUUAAGGCAACGUCUUAUGGUGAGGUUCCUAUCGAUCUUCCCCAAACCUGGUGCAGAAAAUUUACUUAGAGCUGCUUCUGAGAGGUUUGAAAAGUUAAAGAAGGGACGCAUCAAAGGUGCCUUAAAGCCUGGUGAAGAGAGCCCGCUAGCCAAUGCAGAAACUACAAGGGAUGAAGAUGAUGAGGAAGAUGAAGUUGACAAUGCUGAAGAGGAAUUGGAUGCAUAUGAGGCACUUGAUCUGGCUGAAGAGGACGGUGAAAUAUCUCUGCAGACACAAUCAUAUCUAAACAUGGAGAACAUCUCGAGAACGCAUUUGCAGGAGCUCUUUGAUAGUUUUCCAUCCACUGAAGCAGGUGCUGAUGAUACACGUGUUGCAAAUACAAGCGAUGAAGAAUAUCAAAUAUAUGAGCCAGAUAGCGAUGGCAACUACUCUGAUGAUGAUGACCGCUAAGGUACUGAUUCCUGGCUGCAAUCAUUUGCCACAGGGAAAAAGAAAAGAGGAAAAAAUGUCAGUUGCAAUCAAUCUGAUGAGUUAAGGGGAGGAGGCAGCUUGAUGAUCUUCGUGCUUUGAAACAGGAUAAUUUACCGCUUCAGCUUUUCAAUCAUUAUCUGCUGAUUGAGAAAUUUGGGGAUAUAAAUUAUAUAUUACGUAGGCGCAGAUUGAUUUAACCACAAAUAUACAUGGACCUUUUGGGAGGCAACAGUUUGACUAAAUUUUUUGUAGAGCAAAUGAGCUUGAUGUUUUUAUUUGUUAUAUUUGUUGGUAUUAUCUUAUCUUUCUGGUUUAUGCAUAUUUGCCUUGGUAGGGCAAAACACACCAAGGUGACCCUAUGAAUGGUGUAGUCAACUAUUAUUUGUACCAGCGUAUUGCUAUAAAUAGGAGUUUUGUCUCA